UUCAACCAUCUCAACAUUCUUCGAAGAACGCUUUGAGUUGUAAGGGUUGUGAAUUUGGAGGACAUCAGACAAAACGAAAUAUCAAACAAGAGUAAGAGCAAUCGAAGCAACGCUGUAAGAAACAAUAAGGAUGGUUGCCAAGCUAUCUUCAAUCAAGAUGGAGGUCCCGCUGUUCCGGAGCAACACAGUUAGGGAGUUUGCCAAGUGGUGGCCGCUGUUCAAGGCGUACRCAAUUCAAAAGGAGUUUGCGGAGGUCAUUCAACAGACCAAAUUUAAAGAUCUCCCUGAGACUGAACUUCCUCGAAAGAUGAAGGACAACGCUGAAGACGAUAUCAACGGGACACUUGAAGAACACACAGAUGAACAGUGCAAGGCGCUGCUGAAGAAUAAGAUGGGCAUCGCGGCAUUCACCAUAGCAUUUGCAAGAAGUGUAAAUGAAGACUGUCAAGCAAUGGUCACGGAUUCUAAAGACGAUAGAUACUGGCCAACAGGUCAAUGCCAUCUCGUAGUGCAGGAACUAUUGGAUGAAUUUGCGGCCGAUGAUGAGAUGGGAAUGAUCAGGCAACGAGUCGAAUUGUACUCAAUAUCUAUGAAGAAGCAGGAUAAUCCCAAGACUCUGUUUUCCCAAAUUACCUCAAUCGAACAGAAGUACAAGGGUAGGACAACCCCGUUGACAGUCGAGGACAAACGGGCAGCUAUCCUGAUGAGGGCGCCACGGAUGUACCAAGCAGUGAUACAGACCGAGCGAACCACGGAGAGAAAGAUCCACGGCAGGGAACCAACAUUGAAGGCUUUAAGACAAGCAAUGUAUGACCAUUAUAAGAGCAUACAGAUCAAUCAAGCAAACAAUCUCUUGCAGGAACUGACACUGUACUCCGCCACCCACGAUGAAGACGACAGCGAUGAUGAUGAAGGGAAUUAUCAACACCGAAAGAAGAAGAAAGGAAAGAAACACGGAAAGUCGUCAGGGCCGAAGAGAAAGAAAGCACAGAACAACAGUAAUAAGAGCUGUUAUGGGUGUGGGGAGAAAGGACACAUCAAGAGGGACUGUCCUUACGAGAAGGCCUGUGAGUACUGUGGGGUCAAAGGACAUACGGAGGACCAAUGCUGGAAGAAAUAUCCAGAGAAGAGACCCAAGAAGUUUAAGAACGGCAAGAACAGCGCCAAGGACGAAGACGACGCUGCGGGAAUCGUCGUGGAAGAAGAACUUACAUUCACGGUGCUGGACGAUACGAGGGACAUGGGGAAUGGAUUCCCAUGGUCAAACAGCAAUAAUUCAUCUUGCCGUGCAAACAGUAACACCGUGUAUAAUGAUAAUACAGUGAACUAUGCACAGCAGCGGAAUAAUGAGCUCCCGCCAGUACGUAGGAUUACGUAUAAGCCAGUGCAGGACUUAAAUUACCACGCUCAACGGUCAUUCCGCGAAGUACAACGGAGACGCAACGACAGGAAAAGGAUAACACAUACAGGCAAGUAUGCACACCAACGGUUGAAAACUCGGGGCUGGCCGAGGGCGCCGGCCCACACUUAUGCCAAGACCUGGCGGGUGCAUGAAACUUGGGACGGGCAGAAGAAAACUAUCAGUUGGACAGUUAUGCCAAAGAACCGUAAACAGCGUAAGCACGGCCGCAAACACAGACAUUUUGGACGCAAACGUGAUAGACACGUGGAAACGAAAUAUGCGGAGUCCCGCGGGCGACCCGCAAAUAAAAUAAUUAGGGACUUACACGCAGCCCAACACGUGGCAAACAGAAGUGCGGCGCAGAGCGCACGUGAAAUUCAACUACUGCGAGAAGAGCUCGCACGCAAAAGAGGGACAAAUGACGCGGAGAUGACGUUCGUUACCAUAGAUAACGAGUUGAGCUUAUCAAAUGCUAUCGGGACUGAACUGCUUUACACGCCAAACAUAUGGAUAGCAGACACAGGAGCCUCGUGUCAUGUAACUAACAGCGCGCUGGCAGGAGUACCUUCAGAGAACGCCAACGAACGCUUGAAAACACUACGGCACUCACUGGAUGCAAGCGGGAACCGUAUGGAGACUAAUGCUAUCAUUGAUAUCAAAGGAGCCGUACAGACUAAAGAUGGUGAAACAGUGAAUGUAGUGUUGAAAGACUGCAGAUUUGGGGCGUCUAAGUUUAACCUGUGUUCUGUAACUAAGCUGAUAGACCAUGGGUGGUUUAUGAGGGGAGAUGCGGGAGGAAUCCACCUCACAAAGGGAGAGAAACGAAUCGACUUUGAUAUCCCGAUAAAGACCCAAGAAGGCAAGCUGUGGGCAGCUAGGAUAGACCGUAGAAGUUCUAACGAUGGACCACGCAAAUUCACUCUAGCAACACCCACAACGAUGAGUCUAAGGAAAGCUCAUGAAUUUUGUGGCCACAGCAAUAUAAGAGAAACUACCAAAACAGCAAAGCACAUGGGUUGGAAGCUCACGCGCGAGCCGUUUCAACGAUGCGAACCAUGUGCCGUGGCAAAGGCCAGGCAAGCCAAUUUGCAUCAGGGUGAGACAAAGGAGCCCAACGGAAUUGGGGAGCUCUAUUACAUCGAUGGAAUGACACUGAAACGUCCGAAGAAACCAAAGAUCAGGACAUACUUCCCGGCAAACAACUGCUUGGUGAUGGUGGUUGAGCAUAAGACAGGGGCACUUGUCACGGGUUGGUACGAGCGGAAGAAUGAAUUUGUGGAGGACUUCUGCACUUAUUUUGCUGGCCAAGGCGCUAAGGGAAAGCCACUCAAACGUGUCCGCUGUGAUGACGCUGGCGAAAACAAGCUGUUACAGAAAAGAAUCAACGGGAAACACUGGAGAAUGAAUGUUAACUUUGAGUAUACAGCAAAGACACCUCAAAGAAAUUCAAGAGUGGAAACCAAGCUGUUUCACAUGAGCAACAAGACUCGUGCAGCACUGGAAGCCGCUAACGUACCAGACCAGUACCGAUACGUAUUAUUUGCAUUGUUUAACAAAUGGUGUUGCCAAACUGACAUGCUUACCGUAGUCGAAGUGGAUGGGGAAGAGAAGACUCGCCAUGAACACUUGUUUGGUAAACUUCCAGGCUGGGUUGAGCAUAUGCAGGUUGCGGGAAUGGCUGGAGUAGUGAAAACACACACGAGGACUACUCCAAAGGUGAAUGCCAGAGGCAAAACAUGUCUGUUUGUGUGUUAUGCAACGGAUCAUGCAAAAGACUGCUAUGUUAUGUAUGAUCCAAAGACAAGAAGAACAAUACAUUCCAGGGAUGUAUUGUGGUUAGACCGAAUGUAUUUCCCAAGCAGACCGCGACCGGGCGCCAAGAUUGCUGUCGAGGGAGUGAACCCUCCGGUCCGGAGACAGACGGCGGAAAAUGAAGCCUGGGACCAAUCGGAAGAUGGGACUAUCGUAAGCAUUAGCUCGAGUUCUUCCAGUGAUUCUGAUACAGAGCAAAGUGACGAAGAAGUAGAGUCACAGGGCUCAUCUGUGAUCAUGUUUGAAGAUGCGGAGGAACCGCUAUUUGAUAUGCAUGAUGACAGCAACAACGAUGAAGACAGUACAGUUUCUGGCGGAUCACAAGGAAACCGCAGGACUACACGCAGCGGACGAGUUGUUAGAACACCAGUUCAUCAUGAUGGAACUCUGCUCGGGGAGGUCGUCGCAUUACACGUUGAGGAUCGGUUCAUUAACGAGACUUGUCUGCUGGGAAUGGAGGAAGGCAAGCGUCUCCACAAUCACCAUUUGGAUGAAGGAAUGAGGGAGGAAGAGUUUGUACUGUUCAGCCUGAUGAAGGGAGGAAACAAGACCUACAGCUCAGUGGAACAUGCCUUUGGGUAUAUCAACAAAGGAGGAAGUUAUAUGCUGGUGGCAGCAGCCCUGGAGGACGACUCGGGAGAACUCUUCCUCGUGGGUGCCACUGGGCAUAAUUAUGGAAAUACAGCUGAGUUGAAUGUUAUGAAUUACAAGCAAGCUAUGGCAACUGUGGACCGCAAGGAAUGGGAGAAAGCCAUCAAAGUGGAACACGACAAGAUGGUUAAGUAUAAUGUGUUCCGGGUAGUUAAGCCUAAGGAAAUACCGAAGGGCACCAAGCUCUUCGAUAGCACAUGGGCCAUGAAGAAGAAACCAGAUGGUACAUUUAGAGCUAGAAACGCCAUUAGGGGCUUCAUGCAAGUGGAUGGAGAACACUAUGAUAGUAAUGAUAAGUCCUCACCAGUUGCCACUGAAGUGGGCAUACGUGUUUGCUUUGUGCUGGCAAUCGUGGGGGCAUGGUACCAACAUCUGGUGGAUGUAGAAGGGGCAUUCUUAAACGGAGUAUUUCAACGACCAGAUAAGCACCGGAUCUUUAUGAAAGUGCCCGAGGCUUAUAAGAAGUGGUACCCAUCAUGGGCCACUUUCUUAUUACUGAAAACACAAUACGGCACAGUGCAGGCUGCAUUACAGUAUUACCGGGAGUGUUGCAAGGCACUGGCAUAUUUGAAAUAUAAAAGGAAUGCGGCAGAACCGUGUAUGUUUUAUAAGUGGAAAGCGAAACAGUUGGUGGUGUUCGUGUUAUGGGUCGAUGACUGCUGUAUUUCAGGGCCUAAGGAACUGGUCCUGCAGGAAGUUAAAGAUUUUACGGGGCUAUGGGACUGCAAGGAUCUGGGUGAAUUAAAGGAAUAUGUGGGCUGUAAGGUUGAAAGGACCAAAGAUUGGAUCCGGCUCACUCAACCGGUGAAAGUACAGCGAUUUAUUGACGAAUUCAACUGUAAAGGAAACAAUGGCCCCAGUCACAGGGCCCCUUCUACCCCAGCUGAGCCGGGAAGUGUCUUAGAAUUUGAUAAGGACAGUGAACAAGCAAUAAAUAGUAAGAGACAGACCAAGUAUCGAUCCGGAGUGGGAAUUCUGCUACACAUGAUGCGUUGGAGUAGGCCAGAUGUACUGAAUGCAGUAAGGGAACUGUCUUCACACAUGACAACAGCAAGCAAAGCCUGCUACAAGGCUUUGAACAGGGUCAUGAACUUCAUAGUAUCCACCAAAGAUAGGGGAUAUAUGUUCAGACCCAGGAACCCCGGCACGUGGGAUGGAUGUUGUGGGACCAGGACCUUCAAAAUACAAGGCAAAUGCGAUUCGGAGUAUGCCAAACACAGCAGUCGUCGCAGUGUUAAUGCAGGAAUUACUUAUCUGGAAGGGGCUAUAGUCAAGCAAUUUAGCAAAAUGAUGCCGAUUGUGGCAUUGUCCACGACCGAGGCCGAACUGUACUCAGCUGUUCUUACUGCACAAGAUAUGAUGUUUGUUUAUCAUAUCGUGACCAAUUUGGGGCUUAAAGUUGAACUGCCGAUGAGGUUACAUUGUGAUAAUAAAGGGGCCGUUGCGUUGGCCAAUAACUGGUCGGUUGGAGGCAGAACACGGCACGUGGAUGUUAAACAGCAUUUCCUGAGGGAACUGAAAGAACAUGGUUUUAUUGAAGUUCGUUGGAAGGCAGGAGCACAGAUGACCCCCGAUAUACAUACAAAGAAUGUUUCUAAGGCAUUAUUUGACCAGUACAGUAAAGAACUAGUAAGCUAGUCAAAUAAGGGAAGUGUGUUGAAACAGUGAGUAUGGGAUAAUCGCCAGGCUCGUUCGAGAGCCGGGUGGUCGGAGGAGCUAAUUCAGUGUCACAAGCAAGGAAUAUGCUGUAAAGUUGAAUCCUACAGGAAUGAUACUGAUGCAACUGGCUGGACAGCUGGAGGCAUCUAACAAGCUAAGGAGCAGCUGCUGGUAAAGGAGCUGGCGAGCUGAAUGAUGGACAUCUGAUGUGAGAAGUGUUGAAGUUGAAGGGAUCCUGAGUGGUGAAAGGAUUCAGUUGAAGCUUUAGAUAUUGGAUUAGGUGUUAUAUUGAACCAAAGGAAGCAAGAGGAGUGAUUUCCGGCAUGAGGGCCGUGAUUAUUAGAGCUGGAUGGAGAGCUCAUAUUUCAAAAGUAGUAGGAAUAAGAAUAAGAUAGAGAACACUAU